AUGAAGAACUCUUCUUGCAUUAUAGGCCUUGACCGGAUACACUUUUGGGCAUCUGGCGGCUUUAAUGAAACAGUAGCAAUCUGUCAAACAUUCAGACGCGGAUAUUCAGUGUCCGGUGCUGAGGUAGUGAAAUACGGCGAGGGUAAGUAUGACAUGAAAGAAUCAUAUGCACUGGAACCAAUUGCAAUAUUUGGAUGUGCUGGGGCACCAAAGAAUGACUGCAACGUUGCCUUGGAAAUAUCGAAGAGGAAUAAUCAACCAAUACGCUUCGUCGGAUACAACGAAAAAGGCUGGGUCGAGUUAGGACUUUACGAUGACAACGAAGAAGUCUACAGAACGACGGCUGAGUAUCUCAUCGAACACUCCAAGAGACCGAUAUUCGUUACCGUGACGGACGACGGUGAAAUACGUGUUACCAUUUUCGAUUCCGAAGAAGAGGCCAUCCCAAACCGUACGAACACUGACUACGUAUUUUGCAGAUCUGACUUCUACAAAGCAUGUGACUUGGAAUGCUUGCCUCAUAACGAAAGUUUUGACAAUUGCGUUUAUGAACGUGUGGAGGAGGAAGAAAGAUCGUCUUAUGGUUAUUGUAAUUCAUCAAUCCUCGGUAAACAAUGCACAUGCAGAACUUGCGAUUUAACUGAAUGGACGUCAUGGGUCUACAAUCAAACUUGCGGUUAUGCUUCCAAGAAAAGGUUCAGACCACCAAACUAUCAACCCGACCUUAUUUGCGACCACUUCCAAAGAUACGAGUGUUGCCGGGAAGCUGAACAGGAAUACUUAGGAGUCUGUCCAUGCUCCAGCAGAACUUGUAUGAAUGGUGGAACCUGCAAAGACCUCAUAGGCUUCAACACAAGUCAGUGCCUCUGCGUUUUUGGAUAUACGGGUGAAGACUGCGAAGAAGGUAAGGGCUUUCAUUAG